AUGGCAUCUGAUGGUGAAGGGGUAGGAGGAAAAGAUGAUGAUAUGGAAGGACGAGGAGCUAUAAUUGGCUUUGAGGGUGACGGAGAAAGAGACGAUGGGGUUUUUGUUGAAGGUGUUGGUGAAGGAGAUAAAGAUGACGCUGCUGAAGGAGAUGGACUUUGUGAUGGGCUCGGAUGUAAGGAGUUAUUUUUGGCAUUUGAAGGUGAAGGAGAAGAGGGAACAAUUGGUUUAGAGGGUGAAGGAGAUGGAGAUGGAGUGUGUGAUAAAGAAGGACAAGGUGAGGAGUUAAUUGAAUUUGAAAGAGUAGCUGACGGAGAAGGAGAUGGUGUUUCUAAAGAACGAGGAGGCGAGGAGUUCAUGGCACCUAAUGGUGAAUGGGUAGGAGGAAAAGAUGAUGAUAUGGAAGGACGAGGAGCUAUAAUUGGCUUUGAGGGUGAUGGAGAAAGAGAUGAUGGAGUUUUUGUUGAAGGCGAUGCUUUAGAAGGUGAAGGCGAAGAGGGAACAAUUAGUUUAGAGGCCGUUGAAGGAGAAGGAGAUGGGGUUUGUGAUAAAGAGGGACGAGGUGAAGGGCUAGUUGAAUUUGAAGGAGUUGGUGAAGGAGAAAUUGAUGAUAUAGGAGGAGGAGUUGUGUUGCCAAACGAUUUUGUUGGUGAAGGAGACAGUGGUAAUGUAGAAGGAGAGGAUGAUUGUGGUGAAGAAAGCGAUGGAGAUGGAGAAUGUGAAGGUGGCGGCCUGGGUGAUAAAAUAUUUGGUGGUGUUAAUUGUGAAAGUCGUGGUGGCGGUGGGCGGUUAUUGGGUUGCAUAGGUCGGGAAGGAGUUUGUGGGGGUGGUGGAGGCGGGUUAUUCGGUCGUUUUGGACGAGAGGGAGUUCGUGGGGGUGGUGGUGGAGGCCGGUUAUUAGGUCGUGUAGGACGAGAGGGAGUUCGUGGGGGUGGUGGUGGGGGGUUAUGA